UCAAAUCAGAAGCGAGCUUGCAUUGCAGAUGCACGCCGGCCGCUUACAAAUCACUCGAAUCGUUACAAAUCAUGGCUGCUGGACCGAUAGCCGAGCGGAAUCAAGAUGCCACAAUAUAUGUGGGUGGUCUUGACGACAAAGUAUCGGAAACUUUGUUGUGGGAGCUAUUUGUCCAAUCAGGACCAGUCGUAAAUGUACAUAUGCCCAAGGAUAGAGUUACCCAAAUGCAUCAAGGUUAUGGAUUUGUAGAAUUCAUGGGUGAAGAAGAUGCUGAUUAUGCAAUAAAAAUCAUGAACAUGAUCAAGUUAUAUGGAAAGCCUAUUCGUGUAAACAAAGCUAGCGCCCACCAAAAGAAUCUUGACGUUGGAGCAAAUAUUUUCAUUGGAAAUCUUGAUCCAGAAGUGGAUGAAAAAUUAUUGUAUGAUACAUUCAGUGCUUUCGGAGUUAUAUUACAGACGCCAAAGAUAAUGAGAGAUCCGGAUACAGGAAACUCCAAAGGAUUUGCUUUUAUCAACUUUGCUUCUUUCGAUGCUAGUGAUGCUAGCAUAGAAGCCAUGAAUGGACAGUAUCUUUGCAACAGGCCAAUUUCAGUAUCAUAUGCUUUCAAACGUGACUCCAAAGGCGAGCGUCAUGGUAGUGCUGCUGAGCGUCUUUUAGCUGCACAGAAUCCAUUGAGCCAGGCUGAUCGGCCGCAUCAACUGUUCGCCGAUGCUCCUCCAAUCAUGCCUAUGCCAGCCAUGCCAAUGGGUAUGCCACCACCGCAUCCGGGAAUGAUGCAUCCAGGCAUGGUGAUGGCCCCUCCUCCUCCACCAUCAGCGGUGCCUCCGAUGGGUCAUCCACCUCCUCCACCGGUGCCACCACCACCAGCGGGUUUCCCUGGCAGUAUACCGCCACCACCGAUGCCGCCGAUGCCGAACAUGCCGGCGCAUCCUCCACUACCGCCAGGCAUGCCACCACCGCUACCCCCGAUGCCCUCUCAAAAUCGACCCAUGAUGCAGUGGCCGGCUGUGCCUCCGCCACCGCCACCGACUGGCGCUGCUCCGCCACCACCUCCACCGACAAAUCCACCUCCGCCUCCACCUCAGUUUGGACAGUUCCAACCGCCACUGCCGAGAACCCCUGGACCGUUGCCUGGUGCAACGUGGAGGGCUCCCCAUCCACCACCGCCAUUCCCGCCUAGGGGUCCACCGCCACCUCCGCCACCACAAUAAAAAGCAUAUAUCUUUUGUAUGCGGAUUGUACAGUAUCUAGAUAAUGUAAAAUACUCCAUAGAAUUUCAUAGAAAUUUUGGACUUUACUCCAUAAGGAAUGUAAAUAGUAAACGUUUAUAUUUUUAAGUACAAAAACUGAUUCGCCUGUCGUGAAUAUAUGUUUUUUAAAAUAAAUAAUCGAAAAAGAAA